AAGCGAAAUCACGUGUGCUUCGAUGUUCCCAUUACUAAGAGUCUACGAGCGAAGUCAGUUCUGUUCCCUCGAAUAUUUCCCCCCUUUGCCCAAAACACUCCGAUUCUGACUUUCAUUUUCAUCGUAUCGGAUCUCUGUCCUUUCUUGUUUAGCGCUUUCUAAAGUUCUGAAAAUGGCCUCCCAAGCACGAAGAACGGCGUUCCCUAAAGUACUUAUAGAGAGAGAUACAGACUCCGAACAAAGCUCUACAGACGAAGACGAAGGAGAAGAAGACCCGCCAUCAGAAGAAGACAGUGGAAACGAAAAUGAUGAGAAAAAUGAUGUUUUCAGUGAUUCCAAAAAGAAAGGGAAAUCACCCAUUACUGUCAGUCUCAAGAAAGUCUGUAAGGCUUGUAAGAGAACGGGCCAUGAAGCAGGGUUUAAGGGGGCUACUUAUAUUGAUUGCCCGAUGAUGCCUUGCUUUCUUUGCAAAAUGCCUGGUCAUACUACAAUGACAUGCCCACAUAGGGUAGCUACAGAGCAUGGGGUUAUCCCAGCACCCCAUAUUAAUACUCAGAACCCCGUGGAAUUCAUAUUUGAGCGCCAACUUAGACCUCGAAUUACUCCUAUCAAGCCGGCAUAUUUGAUCCCCGAUCAAGUCAAUUGUGCUGCUAUCCUAUACCACAGUAGAAGAAUAACGUGUUUGGAAUUCCAUCCCACCAACAAUCACAUCCUUUUGUCAGGGGAUAAGAAAGGACAACUCGGAGUUUGGGAUUUUGAUAAAGUGCAUGAAAAGACGGUUUACGGAAACAUACACUCAUGUAUUCUCAAUAAUAUGAGGUUCAGUCCUGCAAAUGACGGUACAAUAUACGCUGCUUCCUCGGAUGGAACUAUCUGUUGCUCUGACUUGGAGACUGGGAUUUCAUCAUCUUUAAUGAUUAAUCUUGAUGGUUGGCAUGGGCCGAAGACUUGGAGGAUACUUUAUGGCAUGGAUAUCAAUUCGGAGAAAUGUGUUGUGCUUGUGGCUGAUAACUUUGGUUUCCUCUACUUGGUGGAUAGUCGCUCCCACAACCAAACAGGAAACGCAGUUAUGAUUCAUAAGAAAGGAAGGAAAGUUGUUGGCCUACACUGUAAUCCUCUCCAACCGGAUCUUUUGUUGAGUUGCGGAAAUGAUCAUUUUGCUCGUAUGUGGGAUAUGCGUCAAUUAGAAGCUGGAUCUGCCCUUGCUAGUCUCCAGCAUGGACGUGUUGUGAACUCUGCUUAUUUCUAACCAUUGUCUGGCACCAAAAUCCUUACCACAUCUCAAGAUAAUCACAUUCAUAUAUGGGAUUCCAUCUUCCGUGAUUUGGACUCACCAAGUAGGGAAAUUGUACAUAGUCAUGAUUUCAAUCGACAUUUGACUUCUUUCCGAGCUGAAUGGGAUCCCAAGGAUCCGUCGGAGUCUCUAGCUGUUAUUGGCUGAUGCAUAAGUGAAAAUUAUAAUGGAACUGCUCUACAUCCCAUUGAUUUCAUAGAUAUCAACACGGGGCAGUUAGCAGCUGAGGUUAUGGAUCCGAACAUUACUACUAUUAGCCCUGUGAACAAAAUACAUACACGAGAUGAUGUUUUGGCAACGGGUAGUUCAAGGUCUCUUUUUAUUUGGAGACCGAAGGAGAAGCAUGAUGUUGCAGAACGGCUAGAAACGAGGAAAAUCGUCGUCUUUGGAGGAGAUGAGAAAAAGCUGGGCAAAAGGUCCAAGGAUGAUUAUGAUGACGAUUCAGAUGAUGGUAAAUUCAACUUCAAAGGAAAGAACGUGAAGGUCAAGAAAUCCACGAAGCAAACAACCCAUCGGAAGGAGAAAAGUUGAGUAAAGAACAUCGUCGUAGACCUCUUUGUUAAUUUUUUGUGUGUCGACGAAGUAGUUACUUUAUUUUUUUUGUUUUGAAAGCUUCCAUCGGCAAAUCAGC